UCUCUUUAUACAAGGUGUUCUCUCUCUCUCUCUCUCUCUCUCUCUCUCUAGAUUUUCAGAAAUUAAUUUCUUGUUCUAUAAACUUUUGGUUUAUGUUUAAUAUUGAUAAGAAAUGAACUUGGAAUGAUAUAGAGUCGAUAGACAUGUUGUAAAUUCAUUAUCGUAACUCAUUAUCGCUAUUUUCUUUACAUAUUCAUAUUCGUAAAUGGUAGGAAAAAGGUUAGGUGGAUGCAUAAUCCUACAUUAGACUCGUGUUAAUUUAUACAGGUUUUAAUUGUACCAUUUUUGAAUUUUUUAUAUGAAAAAUUAUGUCAAACAAUUCAAUGUCAUUGAUUUUCCUCAGCAUUUCUUUAGUCUUUUCCUUCAUGGUCCAGAGAAAAAACAGUUUUGAUUGAACAAUUCUAUGUUACUAUGCAUACCAACAAUUUCUAGACCAUAUAACAAAAACAUAUCAUUUGAUUUUUUAUUAUUAUCAGUUUUAUUUUUUGGAGAAAAAAUAGGGAUAUCUCUUCUAAUACCAUAGUAUGUGUAGGUAGAGUCAUUUUGUCUCAAUGUUAUAGGAAAAAUCAUUAGAACACAACGGUGAAAGAAAAAAAAGAAAAGAAAAGAAAAAUACACGACGUAGAAGAUCGUGCUAUUAGUUGUCAGUAGUUGUUUUUGGUUCACUAUCUCGAUCAUGAUUUUAUUUUUGAAUCAAUUGUGGGUGAGGAGAGAUUUGAAACCAAUGUGAUGUUGCAAAUAUGCUUCUUAAUGCAGGUUAUAAAGAAACUGACAAAUGGCGACAAGAACACGAGACACUGCCCUUGGAAAGGAGAAAAGGGGAAGUUCCCCUUCAUACCCAAAAAAAACUCCCAACUUUAAACCAAGCUCUCCUGAAAAAUCUGCAUCAGAUAAAUAUGUACCAAAUUAUCUCAAACCUACAAUAAGUUCAGGUCUUGAUGCUUCUAAACAGCUUGGCAAGAAACCAGCUUCGACUGCCAAUGCCAACAAGCCUAAUCUUGCAAGAAGAAGAUCAUUCGACAAGCCUCCGUCCCCUUCUGGUACUCAAAAAAGACGCGUUUCGCCUAGUCCUGCUAUUCGAUCUUCCUCGUCUUUGAGUAAACCAAUGACUAGUACGCAUAAAUCUAUUCCAGAUAAGUUGCUGAAGGUGCCAACAAAGGAUGACGGUAAGCGCUCUUUUAUUGCGAGACCUUUGAGUACUACCAAGAAGGGCAGACCCAGAAAUAAGAAACAAGACACUGCAAAGAGUGGUUCAAUAGCAAAAGAACAAGUCACUAGCCCUGAUAAAUCUGAUCCAUUACAAGUUGAAAUAGGACAAAAUGAACAAGAAUCUUCAGUUACUGAUGCUGAAUAUGAAGAGACAGUGCAUGAAUUGGGACCUGAGAUUUUAGUAGCGGAAGAUGCGGAGCCUAAAGGUAUUACAGAGCAGGAUGAACCCGAGAAAAUCACGGUCGAAGAAGUUGUGACUAUUGAUCCGUAUACAGUUUCAGAACAGCCAGAGGUCUCCCUUGGAGUCGAGAGUAAAGAAUUACCAGAAGACGAACCAAAGAUUGAAUUAGAAGAACACAUUGUGAAUGAAAACAAUCACACACAAACUGACGAAAUUCUUGAAGAUAAUUUAAAAGAAGAAGUCGAAGAAAAAGAAGUAGCGAUAGCUUUGGAUGAAAGUGAAACUAUUGAUUCUGAUUCUGAGGAACAAGAAAUAAAAGUAGUAGUUGAAGAAGUUAAGCCCGAGACUGAAAGUGAGGAGUCGAAACAAGAAGACAGCGAAAAGAAGGAUUCCUUGGUUUCGAAUGAUGUAAUUGAAGAGACUGCAAGCAAGCUUCGAGAGCAGAGGAAGAACAAGGUGAAAGCACUUGCCGGGGCAUUUGAAACUGUCAUAUCCUUACAGGAGCCCAAGUGAAAACAACAUGUCUAAGGUUGUGUAUUGAACAUGGAUAAAAAUUAAACUUAUUUUAAUCAUUUCGGUACUAUCUAUUUGAGCCUAUCUAACAUGUCAUAAUAGGCUUAACGUUUCUAUUUUUAUGAUUUUGUAUAAAGGAUUUUAGUUAUACCAUCAAUCUCCUAUACGAAUAUUGAAUAUUGUACGACUCACUCUCAAAUCAUAAUGGACAUCCCACGUGCACAAUGAAUUUAGUUUUACUUUAAACUCAAAUUAGUGCUCAAAUUUGAAGUGGUAACAUAACAAAAUUCAAACGGCGAAAGCUUAAAGCUUAAGAGCAGCUUGCUUCUUUUUUAAGAUAAUCAACUCUCCAGGGAGAGACGAUUAUUCGCAUUAUCAUUUAAUAUUUUCUCAUCUGCAAUGCUUCAACAUAAUUACAGGAAGUA